CCGUUUAAAUUUUAAAAACUGAUUUCUUGGAUGAUAUAUAAGCUAUAAAUUGCUUUAUUUUACGAAUCAAGUGCAUAGGAAAAGAAUCAACAAAAGAAUGGUUUAUUCGACAAUUACAGCGUUAGCGGUGGGACUGUGUUUUAUUGCGCAAUCAUUUGCUGUAACGAAAGAUGAUAUCUACAACGAGGCCAAAAAGCACGAAAGGAAAGGAAGUACGAAAUGGAAACUGGUAGGAACCACAUACAAAUGCAAUAUUUUUGUCGAUGAUGUGUUUGCAAAUGUUGGAGCAAAACGUCCUCAAAGGCAUCCAUUAAUGUUUUGGAAAGCAUCGCCCAUUGGUGCCAAUGAAUGGGGCAAUUCCAAUUCAGAAUAUGUUCUUCGGACGAAAUGCUACACACAUAUCUCGAGUGUUAGUACCAAACAGAGAGGAGAUGUUAUAGCGUUCCCAAGCACUAGUGGCUCGGGCCAUGUUGGCAUUGUUUCUUAUGGUAAUCAGUACAUCAGCGCUGGAGAUAAAACAGUCGAUGAAAAAGCAAUUCCUUCCGGCAAACCCACAACAGUUUGGCGAUACAAUUAUAACAAACAAGGAUGCUGAUUUGUUAGUCUGUUUGAUUUCUGUAAUAACAUUGUAGAUUUCUAUUUUAAAUCUAGAAUUGGCAUGUAAACAGAUAAACUACUUUAUAUCGAAUCUAAAAACAACAGAGUCUUAUUUUUCAUUAGAAAUGGUUAUAAAUAAAAAAUCUCAAUUCAUCGAUGUACACGAAUACACGAACUUCAUGUAUAGGCAGAUACACGCAUUGUUGAUUUAUCAAACAUUUAUUUGUAAGUAUAGUCAAGAAAUAGCAGCAGCAGUAACAAUGGUGAAAGUGCCGACAGAUUGUCGAUUUGUUUUAGUUCAAAGCAUUAUUUAUUUGCACAAAUUUUAUAAGUCAAAUGGUUUUGGUGUUGAACAGAUAAGUACAACCUCUCUUGGCUUUCAUGCAUUAACCACUUUAUAAAAUUGUAAAGGCAACUGUAUUAGCGGAG